CAGAUUCCUCCGGACAUAAUUCUCCUACGGACCAGGGUCCUGCUUUGUUUACUUUUUAUAUUACAGCUUGAACUCCGCCAACAAAUAUCGUCAGAAACAUUUUAGAACAUCUAUUUUGUUUCUUCUCCUCGUCUUAUUUUUAUUUCCGUUUGAUCUACACAAAUCUUCGUGUAUGCUGAUAUUCCACUGCCUUGGAAAAACAAGAGCAGAGAAGGAGGAUAUAAAAUAGCCAUGUCCGCUGAGCCACUAAUGUUCCCGCUGUACUCUCAGCCACAUUCCGCUGCCGUGGAGCCUGUGAACAGCCCCCUAUCAGAGGUGGAAACAUUUAGGAAUUUCCUCAGCGAGCGUCUGACGGCAGCAGUGGAGGAUAUUCUGGGGGUGUUCGGGACGACAGUAGCCCGAUAUCGGGAGCAGAUAGACCGCCAGCAGCGGGAGCUGGAUAAUCUGAGGACCGGGGAGGGCGAGUGGAGCCGUUCUACCGAGCCUCAGCAGGAAUCCUCCUGGAUUAAAAAGUGUCCUGAAAACCCGAGCCUUGAUGUUCCUCUGUUUCAGACCGACGUUGUUGUCAGCAAAGAUGUCAACACCUCUGCUGCUCCAAUUAAGUCAGAAGGUGUUGAUGAGGACCUUGGAGAGUCGACAGCGCUGAGUCACUUUAAUUCGACACAAAAUCCAGAUCCUGAAGCAGCGAGUGAUGAGAGAGUAAUCUCUGAGGAUUCUGACACUGAAAACAGCGAAGGAGGCUGGAAAGAUGAAGCCAGCCUCUGGAGGUCUGAGGAAACCGUAGAGAACAAAGAUCAGAGCAUCACGUCAGAGCCACAGGGUUUCGCUGAGUUGUCACAGAUUAGCUGCCAGGUCUGUGGUAUUUCCUUCCAGAAGAUGGGUUAUCUGGUCACUCACGCCUCAGUGCAUCAGGAAAGCUGCGGGGUCUGCGGGAAACAGAUGGAACAAAAUGAAAGCCUAAAGCUUCACCUCAAACGUCACAGAGAAAAGUCUUUCCGCUGCGGCGUCUGCGGGCAGAGCUUCACGCUGCGGGGGAACCUCCGCAUCCACAUGAGGAUCCACUCUGGCGAGAGGCCGCACAGCUGCAGCAUCUGCGGGAAGAGCUUCGGGAGGCGGGCGUCGCUGGUGCGCCACGUCCGCAGCCACACGGGCGAGAAGCCGUUCGCCUGCAUGUACUGCGGCCACAGCUUCACAGAGAAGGGCAACCUGACGGUUCAUCUACGGACGCACACGGGCGAGAGGCCGUACAGGUGCUCCAUGUGCGCUCGCAGCUUCAGUCAGCUCUCCAGCUUCUACAAACAUCCGUGUCAGAAGAAAGGACUGAUCUGUUCGGCCAUCACUGCCAGCUGACGGCUGUCACACUCCUUAUCCUGUUUUUAAUAACUCUAAAAACAUGAAAAAAUGAAAUAUUGUUCUUGUCUAUAAUUCCAGAGAACC